AUGACAUUGAGAUUCAGGGCAGUCCAAUAUACCAGCAGUUCUAGUGCUUUGCAAAUUAAGGAAGAUCAGCUCGAUGUUUCGCAGGAUACAGACGGAACGUUUAGAGUGGGCCCAACAAAUGUCCUAGUCAAGAUUAAAUGUGCUGCUUUGAACCCAGUUGACCUUGUUCUCAAAAGUAUCACACCAUUGCCCUUGGCGUAUAGGAGAAAAGGUAUAGGAUUCGAUUAUUCCGGUAUAGUUGUUGGAGUUGGCGAAGAGGCAGCCAAAAAGACGGGUGUAAAGGUUGGCAGCAAAGUGUGUGGAAUGUUUCAAGAGGUUUUAGGCCGUGGGACUCUUGCAGAGUACGCAUUGAUGGACACUGCAACGUCCUCAGGGUCAACUAUACACGAGUUUGCCGAGAAUCUCUCAUUUCAAGAGGCCGCCUCAUACCCAUUGGUAUUGGGCACUGCCAUUCUUAUGUUCUCCAAGAUAAUGAAAGAAAACAAGAAACAGAGAAUUCUAAUUUUGGGCUCAGGCACCACGGUUGGGAAGUUCUGUGUUCAACUUGCAAAGAACGUGCACAACUUCGAGGAAGUGGUGGUCACCUGCUCGCCAAAGUCUGUUGACUUGGUAAAACUGCUUGGAGGCGAUACAUGGGUUGACUACACUGCGUGGGACCUGAUACUAGACCCUGUGCUUGAGCUUGUAGGAAUGAAGGGCAAGUUUGAUGUGAUCUUUGAUUGUGCUGGAAAUUGUGACCUCUUCCCACAAAUUCACAAUAUAUUAAAGGGAAGAAAGGAAGGUGGAACGUAUGUGACGAUCUCAGGUGACUUCAAGUAUUCAUUUUCGAAACCCACGGCUCUUCAGCUUGCCUGGAACAACCUUGGUCUUCCAAAAAGAUACUUGGAGAGCAAGGUUGGUUACCUAGACUACAACUACGACUUCGUGAGUGUCAUCAAGUCGAUGUACCCCUGGCACAAGGAUUGUAAGAAGCUCAUUGAAGAAGAAAAGAUCAAGCUUCAGGUAGACAGCGUGUACCCCUUCGAAGAGUUUGACAAGGCGUACGAAAGACUCGGGUCUAACCAAGCCAACGGCAAGGUUGUCGUUACUGUUGACUCUGACGACUGA